AUGCCUCCACCACCUCCUCGGCGACAGCAACGCCCGGUUGGCAGAGAGAGGAAAUCGAGAUUCAAUUCGUCAAAAGGCCAAGCUUCUAGGGAUGACAAAGCUGCGUCAGUGAGCGGAGAUGCGAGUGAUUCAAAUAGCUCAAGUGACUUUAAUGACACACCGUCCUCGCGCUCGAAACGGGAGCUUCCCACAUAUCGUCCUGUGCUGACGAUCGAUUGGCGAGCGGAGAUGUGCCGGCUUCUAGAUUUGUCUUCACAGAUCUCGGACGAAGAUCUUUUUGAAGCGAUAGAGGUUGCGUCACAGAGUCUCAAAGAAUUCGAAAUUUUGAAGUCCAAGGGAACAGAGAAACUCGGACCUCCCCGAUCCCAGAUCAUUCAUUCAGUUCAUUGCCACGCUACUGGCGAUAAACCUCAGUUAUAUCUUGAACAGCCGUGGGCUGUUGAGGAUGGUCCACUUCUCCAUCUUAGAGGUAGCAAAGCCAUCAAUAAUUUCGACCUUUUUCUUGAGAGAAACAAAGAGGUUGCGUUCAUUAUUUAUAAAGAUUACGAGUGUUGUGAUGGCGUUCCAUCUACAACCAGUAAGAGCAAGAUUGAGCAGGGACUGGAGGUUGAUGCCUCGGUUUUUUUAAUUGGAGAGCACAUUCAACUCAUAUCAGUCGAUUUGAAACUAGCGCUGGAGAGUCUUGCUAGCAAAGUAUUCGAUGGGAUACCUCACCCGUUCUCGGAGGAGAAAGAUUACCCGAGUAUUGAGAGUAUGGAUAAAAGGAUGCCUCCCCAGUUCUUGAGAGAGAAGGACAACCGGAGUAUCGAGUACCCUUACAUGUUCUUGUUCCAUCGCCGCAAAGAGGUCGAAGAAGUGACAACGAAACAACCACAUGAUGCACAGAUAUAUCUUGAUGUGUUCUUCAAUUAUCUCUUUAGCCGCAUGGCAGAAGAAUGGGCAAUUGUCGACCAAUUACUAGUUCAAAAGAAGAUUUCUGCUAAAUACUUGGACUACCUCUUUGUUCCCAACCAAAUAGUUUUGAUGCAACGAAGAGACAUGGAUACCGCACAGGCCAAAGCAUAUGUUCUUCAGGAUUGGCUCCAAAGACCAUCUGAACACGGUUCUACACCAAUGGUCCCAGUGUACACUUGGGAAUUCGACGGGAAUUUUUAUAAGUCUUUCAGUGACCUCUCUAUCGAAGAUCUCCCAUCUGAAACCGGAAACUUUCCUAUUACCGACAUGUCAGUGUAUCCAAUUGAGUUUGCUAGCAAAGAGGUUGUGGGUGCCCUGAGAAAGCGCGGACAUAUGUUUUGGAAGUGCCGCGAAAGGCACUACGUGUCGUAUAACGGGAAAACAGACCAUGCGAUACAAAGUUCGAUGGAUUCUCGAUUUAUGAUCGAUAUCGCCACUUAUAAACAGAUGCACCGCAAUCAGGACAAUGAAGUCGAACAACGCUCAUCUGAUCGGGAAGAACUACCGAUCAAACUCCUUUCUGAGGACAACCCCAUGCUAGGAGACACUUUCUUCUUGUGCCUGCCUACUUCGAUAGCCGGGUUUAACAUGCAGACAAAGGAAUGGAUCAACCUGAACGUACACUAUAUAGAAGAUGUGGUCUGGAAUACUGAAGCAUUUGAGUUCCUUGUCAUCGACCAGGGAACUAAAAGCAUGAUCCAAGCCGUAGUUACGAACCAACUUCACGCUUCCCAGAAUACGGACCUCAUCCGUGGUAAAGGUAAUGGGUUGUUUAUUUUACUCCACGGUGGCCCUGGAACUGGCAAGACCUUGACUGCGGAAAGUGUCGCAGAAAUAGCAAAGAAGCCUCUGUAUAGAGUGACGUGUGGAGACAUUGGUACAAGCGCCCAAGAUGUCGAAAAUUAUCUCGAGAUUGUUCUACACCUCGGAAAGACUUGGGGUUGCGUUGUCUUGUUGGAUGAAGCGGACGUUUUUCUACAACAGCGAGAACUUUACAAUCUUGAACGGAAUGCCCUGGUUUCCGUCUUUCUUCGAGUCCUGGAGUACUAUGAUGGAAUUCUGAUCCUGACAAGUAACCGCGUUGGCAUCUUUGAUGAGGCUUUCAAAUCACGCAUCCAACUUAGCUUGCGCUAUAAGAGCCUAGAUAGAGGUCAACGGCUACAGAUAUGGAUAAACUUUUUGAAGCGGUUGGAGCAACUCGAGAAUUCCACGAUGCUGGACGAAAGUAUGAAUGGUCGUCAAAUUCGGAACACGAUAUCGACGGCACGCCAAUUGGCCAUGUAUCAGCGCAAAAAGCUGAGUUACGAACAUAUUCAGGCUGUGAUUGACGAGGCGAACAAGUUUGACGAGUACUUGCUUGAAUUGAACAAGGGGUAUUCAGCAGACGAGAUACAGCGAGACAAGAAGGAGAGAUAG